UAAUUUUACUGUCUCUUUAAAGACUUUAUUUUUUAAAACUAUGUAUUUUUUUUAUAACUGUAUAUAUCACCUUUUUUGUCUCUUUUAAGCCUACAUAUAUUUUACACACAUUGCAAACUAUUACAUCUGAAUCUGUCUUAUUGUGAAUCUAUUGCUUUAAGCUGCAGCAGCUGUGGCUGCUGGCUCCGCCCACCUCAGCUUCCCAACAUGGCCGUGGUACUUUACCACCAGCUCUGGGAGCUAUCGUGGGUCUAUGCUUUUAUCCAAGCAGCGUGUAGUUCAGAAACCUCUUUUUUUGUUUUGUACCUGCAAAGGCUAAAUCCACCACGCAGCUUAAUGUGCCACUUGCAGAGGCCUCAUUCCCGCCAUCCAGCGGCAGGUCAAGCACACACUCUAGGAACCCGUCAGUAGCUCAAACUGGCAGCUGCCGCUCAUUUGAGAGAGACAAUUAGGAACUGUUUUUAGCUCAGUUUUAGAAUCUUUUUUCUCAGUUUUUAGGUGGAAACUCGUGCCCCACGUUGGGCGCCAUUUGUAGCUAGAGUUUUCCUACCUGGCCCACAGUCAGGACAAAUCUCUCUCACCCGCCAGUCCCACAGCCGCUCAGACCCGACCAAGUAAACACAGAGACUUAUAUUGCUUACAAACUGUAUGGCCGUGGCAGGCUUCUUGCUAACUUUUCUUAUAGCUUAAAUUAAUCCAUUUCUAUAAAUCUAUACCUUGCCACGUGGCUCAUGGCUUACUGGCAUCUUCACAUGCUGUUUGUCAUCGUGGCGGCUGGCAGUGUCUCUGACUCAGCCUUCUACUUCCCAGCUUUAUUUUCCUCCUUGUCCUGCCUAUACUUCUUGCCUAGCCAAUGGCCAAUCAGUGUUUUAUUUAUUGACCAAUCAGCAACACAUUUGCCAUACAGAACAUCCCACAGCACUGCCUGAUCUUAGAAAUUUUGUUUUUGAGAUGGUGUUUCAUGUACCAUAUAAGUUAACUAAGAUUUACUAAGGUUUACAAAGUUAACAUAGUCUUAACUUGCUAUGUAGCUAAGGAUGACCAUGAACUUCUGAUCCUGUCUCUACUUCCUGAGUGCACGUGUAUUCCAUCAUGCCUGGUUUGAAAAAGUGUUUUAUUAGAUAUUGUUUGUUAGAAUUUCAGUAGGAGCUUUAUCUUUCUUGCUCGCUAUCUGCUACUGCCCAGGCCAGUCAUAGUUAGCCUUUCAAAUAAUGAGGCCACACAGAUAGUAACAGUGUGUGUUUGGGUGAUGUGUAAGUGUGUGUAUGUGUGUGAGAGUGUGUGCUGAGGACUUGAUGAAUGUACCAGGGCAUUCACCAAACACAGAAAGCUCUCCUGGUGUUAGGACACCUGUUUUCAGAGCCCAGGAGACUCUGACGUAAGUGGAAUAAAAAAAAAAUAGAUGCAGGUCACAUUGUCUGAGAAAGUCACACUUGAUGAGCCAGCAUGAUGUAUGGUGGGUGUGGAAUUUGAUUUCCAGCCACUACAGCUACCUUCUCUAAAAUCCCAAGAUAAAGAUUGGAGGCUUCCCCUGUUUGUCACUGUCAUUGCUUAAAGCUAUAAAUAGGUCUGAAGCUCAUCUCUCCUUUUAGCAGGGAAGGGUCAGGUUACAGGGGGCAAAACAAAAUAAUAAAAUGAGUGUCCCAGUAUUUCAAAGUGUCGGUCAGCCACCCCCACAGCCCCUCUCCUUCCUCUGCUGUGCUCUCCUAGAAUCAAGGAUCCCAGCCACAAUGCCUCUGUUCAAACUUACAGGUCAAGGAAAACAAAUCGAUGAUGCGAUGCGUAGCUUUGCCGAAAAAGUGUUUGCCUCUGAGGUCAAAGAUGAGGGAGGUCGGCACGAGAUCUCCCCCUUCGACGUGGAUGAGAUCUGCCCAAUUUCCCUUCAUGAGAUGCAAGCACACAUAUUCCACAUGGAGAGUCUGUCCAUGUCCAUGGAUGGCCGGAGGAAAAGGCGCUUCCAAGGACGGAAGACUGUUAAUUUGUCCGUUCCACAAAGUGAAACAUCUUCUACCAAACUGUCCCACAUCGAAGAAUUUAUUUCUUCAUCCCCGACCUACGAGAGUGUGCCUGACUUCCAGAGGGUGCAGAUCACUGGUGACUACGCCUCUGGGGUAACAGUUGAAGACUUUGAGGUGGUUUGUAAAGGUCUCUAUCGGGCGUUGUGCAUACGGGAGAAAUACAUGCAGAAGUCAUUCCAGAGGUUCCCCAAGACGCCCUCCAAGUACCUGAGGAACAUCGACGGCGAAGCCUUGGUAGCAAACGAGAGCUUCUAUCCAGUCUUUACCCCUCCUCCGAAGAAGGGAGAAGACCCCUUCCGCACAGAGGACCUUCCUGCAAACCUGGGCUACCACCUCAAGAUGAAGGGUGGUGUGAUUUAUAUCUACCCUGAUGAAGCAGCAGCCAGCAGAGAUGAGCCUAAGCCCUACCCUUACCCAAAUCUGGAAGACUUCCUGGAUGACAUGAAUUUUUUGCUUGCUCUAAUUGCACAAGGGCCUGUCAAGACUUAUGCUCACCGACGUCUGAAGUUCCUCUCCUCCAAGUUCCAGGUCCAUCAGAUGCUGAACGAGAUGGAUGAGCUGAAGGAGCUGAAGAACAACCCCCAUCGGGACUUCUAUAACUGCAGAAAGGUGGAUACUCACAUCCAUGCAGCCGCCUGCAUGAACCAGAAGCAUCUGCUGCGCUUUAUUAAGAAGUCUUACCAGAUUGAUGCCGACAGAGUGGUCCACAGCACUAAAGAAAAGGAUCUGACUCUAAAGGAACUUUUUGCUAAAUUAAAUAUGCAUCCGUAUGACCUGACUGUUGACUCCCUGGACGUUCAUGCUGGACGCCAGACAUUCCAACGUUUUGAUAAAUUCAACGACAAAUACAACCCUGUGGGUGCGAGUGAGCUUCGAGACCUCUACCUGAAAACAGACAAUCACAUUAACGGGGAGUAUUUUGCCACUAUCAUCAAGGAGGUGGGUGCGGACCUGGUGGAGGCCAAGUACCAGCAUGCCGAGCCCCGCUUGUCCAUCUACGGUCGCAGUCCUGAUGAGUGGAGCAGACUCUCCUCUUGGUUUGUCUGCAACCGCAUCUAUUGCCCCAACAUGACAUGGAUGAUCCAAGUCCCCAGGAUCUAUGAUGUGUUCCGAUCCAAGAAUUUCCUGCCACACUUUGGAAAGAUGCUGGAGAAUAUUUUCCUUCCGGUGUUUGAGGCCACCGUCAACCCCCAAGCUCACCCAGUCCUCAGUGUCUUUCUCAAGCAUAUCACUGGCUUUGACAGUGUGGAUGAUGAGUCCAAACACAGUGGUCACAUGUUUUCCUCCAAGAGUCCCAAGCCUGAGGAGUGGACAAUGGAAAACAACCCGUCUUAUACUUACUACGCCUAUUACAUGUACGCAAACAUCACGGUGCUCAACAGCCUGAGGAAGGAACGAGGCAUGAAUACGUUUCUGUUCCGCCCUCACUGUGGGGAGGCAGGAGCUCUCACCCACCUCAUGACAGCCUUUAUGAUUGCAGACAAUAUUUCUCAUGGCCUGAAUUUAAAGAAGAGUCCUGUGUUACAGUACUUGUUUUUCUUAGCCCAGAUUCCCAUCGCCAUGUCACCAUUAAGUAACAACAGUCUGUUUCUCGAAUACGCAAAAAAUCCUUUCUUGGAUUUCCUCCAGAAAGGCCUGAUGAUCUCACUGUCGACCGAUGACCCUAUGCAGUUCCAUUUCACCAAGGAGCCCCUGAUGGAAGAAUAUGCCAUCGCUGCCCAAGUCUUCAAGCUGAGCACCUGCGACAUGUGUGAAGUGGCGAGGAACAGUGUUCUGCAGUGUGGAAUUUCUCACGAGGAAAAAGCAAAGUUUCUGGGCAACAAUUACCUUGAGGAAGGCCCUGUUGGAAAUGAUAUCCGGAGGACAAAUGUUGCUCAAAUUCGCAUGGCCUAUCGUUAUGAAACUUGGUGUUAUGAACUCAAUUUAAUUGCUGAGGGUCUUAAACCAACAGAAUAA